GUCACGCCCUGACCCUCCGGGUUUCUCUAUGGUGUUUUAGGUCAGGGCGUGACUAGGGGGUGUUCUAGUCUGUAUUUUCUAUGUUGGUGUAUUAGUGUGGAUCCCAAUUAGGGGCAGCUGUUUAUCGUUGUCUCUAAUUGGGGAUCAUACUUAAGUUGUUCAUUGUUCCCACCUGCUUUGUGAGAUAUUGUUUCAGUUAGUGUCUAAGUGCGAGUUGUACUUCACGUUCGUUGUAUGUUUGUAGUUUCACUUUGUAUUAAAAUAUGUGGAACUCAACUCACGCUGUGCCUUGGUCCACUCAUUUAAACGAUUGUGACAGAAUAUCCCACCACCCAAGGACCAAGCAGCGUGCCAUGGAGGGAAAGAAGAGUUGGACAUGGGAGGAAAUCCUAGGAGGAUGUGAGACCCUUCCUUGGAGGGAGUCGCCAAGGAUUAUAGGAGGACAGCGACGAUGCCGGGGUCCACGGCCACAGAAACCCCAAUAGAGACAAUUUUGGGGGGGGGGGGGGGGCACAAGGGGCGGUCGGUCGAGCCGAGAGCCAGAGCCCGUCUGGGGGUCGAUGGAGCAAUUUAAGGAGUGAUAUCGGAGAGAGGUGUUAGCGAGGAGUAUGCUGCUGCACAGGCGUUUGGAAGAGCGUGUCAUCAGUCCAGUGAAACCUGUGCCGGCUCCACGCACCAGGCCUCCAGUGCACCUCCCCAUCCCGAUACGUCCUGUGCCGGCUCCCCGCACUCGCCCUGAAGAGCGUGUCAUCAGUCCAGUGAAACCUGUGCUGGCUCCACGCACCAGGCCUCCAGUGCACCUCCCCAGCCCGAUACGUCCUGUGCCGGCUCCCCAAACUCGCCCUGAAGAGCGUGUCAUCAGUCCAGUGAAACCUGUGCCGGCUCCACGCACCAGGCCUCCAGUGCGCCUCCCCAGCCCGAUACGUCCUGUGCCGGCUCCCCACACUCGCCCUGAAGAGCGUGUCAUCAGUCCAGUGCUACCUGUGCCGGCUCCACGCACCAGGCCUCCAGUGCCCCUCCCCAGCCCGAUACGUCCUGUGCCGGCUCCCCACACUCGCCCUGAAGAGCGUGUCAUCAGUCCAGUGAAACCUGUGCUGGCUCCACGCACCAGACCUCCACUGCGCUAUGUACUUCACGUUCGUUUCACCUACUCAGCCAAAAAGUACAGCCUCGUCCUUGAGGAGAAAAACUGGACUGAAGCACAAGAGUACUGCAGACAACACUACACAAACCUGUCCAUCAUACACACAGAAGAGGAUUGGAAGGCAAUUCAAUCUUCUUUGGGUAAUUUCAUCGGUGAUGUGUGGAUUGGGCUCCAUAGGCCUGGUUCAACUGAAAAGUGGAAGUGGUCUGAUGGAGAGGACUUCAUGUUCUUUAACUGGGAAAAUGGUUUUGGUGUCCACGCCGUGGGUCAUGACUGUGUCUUGUCUAUUUCAUCUCACUGGCAACCAGUCUCUUGUGCAACUCAAAGACAGUAUAUGUGUCAACGAGAAGUUCAUCGUGGUAAUGGAACAACAGAGAAGGUGUAUGAGCUGAUGCCUGGGACAAAGAUGCAGCAGGAUGCUCUGAAAGACUGCAAGAGCAAAAGCAGAGGUCUGGCAAGUAUCCUGAACCAGAAGGAACAGGAAGCCUUUGAUGAGGUGACUGAAGGGGACACCUGGAUUGGACUUGAGCACAACAACAGCAACACACUAUGGGAAUGGUCAAAUGGAGAACCAUUUCAGCAAUGGGAAAACACCAGGGUAGAUGGAAACUGUGUACAGCUGAACAGAAAAUGGAGACCAAAAGAUUGCUCUCGUCAAAGUGCUUUCCUUUGCUAUGGAGAUGAACAUCCACUUAACAACACCGGGGAUUUAAACACUCCUGUUACACCUGAAACCACCAGCCCUACUUCAACUGGACCUCCGUCUACAGAAAUGUUUACCACAACACCUACCACCUCACCAACUACCACUACUAAUGGACAGUCCACCACCUCACCAACUACCACUACUAAUGGACAGUCCACCACCUCACCAACUACCACUACUAUCCACCACCUCACCAAUUACCACUAG